CAGAGCUCGGGCGCCGCGUCCUCCCUCCGCAGCAGCAGAGCUGGACCUGCCUCUCCGGGCGCGCUCCACCAGCCCCGCCGCCGGCCCGCAGCGACAGACAGGCGCUCCCCGCAGCUCCACACGGGACCCAGGCCGCCGGGCACCGCCGCCGGACUCCAGCGCCCUCCCUCCGUCCGCCCCGAGGAGUUUGUCGCCUGCCCGAGCACCUGCGCACAGAUGGAGCUGGACCACCGGACAAGCGGCGGGCUCCACGCCUACCCUGGGCCGCGGGGCGGGCCCGCGGCCAAGCCCAACGUGAUCCUGCAGAUCGGGAAGUGCCGGGCGGAGAUGCUAGAGCACGUGCGGCGGACGCACCGGCACCUGCUGACCGAGGUGUCCAAGCAGGUGGAGCGCGAGCUGAAGGGGCUGCACCGGUCGGUGGGGAAGCUGGAGAGCAACCUGGACGGCUACGUGCCCACGAGCGACUCGCAGCGCUGGAAGAAGUCCAUCAAGGCCUGCCUGUGCCGCUGCCAGGAGACCAUCGCCAACCUGGAGCGCUGGGUCAAGCGUGAGAUGCACGUGUGGCGCGAGGUGUUCUACCGCCUGGAGCGCUGGGCCGACCGCCUGGAGUCUACCGGUGGCAAGUACCCGGUGGGCAGCGAGCCGGCCCGCCACACCGUCUCCGUGGGCGUGGGGGGUCCUGAGAGCUACUGCCACGAGGCGGACGGCUACGACUACACCGUCAGCCCCUACGCCAUCACCCCGCCCCCAGCCGCUGGCGAGCUGCCCGGACAGGAGCCCGCCGAGGCCCAGCAGUACCAGCCAUGGGUCCCCGGCGAGGACGGGCAGCCCAGCCCUGGCGUGGACACACAGAUCUUCGAGGACCCUCGAGAAUUCCUGAGCCACCUGGAGGAGUACUUGCGGCAGGUGGGCGGCUCUGAGGAGUACUGGCUGUCCCAGAUCCAGAACCACAUGAACGGGCCGGCCAAGAAGUGGUGGGAGUUCAAGCAGGGCUCGGUGAAGAACUGGGUGGAGUUCAAGAGGGAGUUCCUGCAGUACAGCGAGGGCGCGCUGUCCCGAGAGGCCGUCCAGCGUGAGCUAGACCUGCCGCAGAAGCAGGGCGAGCCGCUGGACCAGUUCCUGUGGCGCAAGCGGGACCUGUACCAGACGCUCUACGUGGACGCGGACGAGGAGGAGAUCAUCCAGUACGUGGUGGGCACCCUGCAGCCCAAGCUCAAGCGUUUCCUGCGCCACCCGCUGCCCAAGACCCUGGAGCAGCUCAUCCAGAGGGGCAUGGAGGUGCAGGAUGACCUGGAGCAGGCGGCGGAGCCUGCCGUCCCCCACGUCCCGGCGGAGGAUGAGGCGGAGACCCUCACGCCCGCCCCCAACAGCGAGUCCGUGGCCAGUGACCGGACCCAGCCCGAGUAGAGGGGCAUCCCGGAGCCCCCAGCCUGCCCCACCACAUCCAGCCUGUGGCUUUGCCCACCAGGACUUUUGAGCCGGGGCUGACUCCUGCAGGGGAAGCCCUGGUCCAGCUGGGUGCCCCCUCGGGCUCUGGGAGGACUCUCACACACUCGUGUCAUCCAGAUGUGGGCACCGCACCCCAGCAUCAAAGAGCCCUCCCCCCUGCAGGGUUCUGCCCAUCACCCUCCGUCUGUCUGUCUUCCCGGC